AUGGCCCAGAUGCACUCGUCGGUGCCGGAUGGACUAGAUGCACUCGCCGGUGCCGGAUGGCCGAAAUGCACUCGCCGGUAUCGUAUAGCCCAGAUGCACUCGCCGGUGCCGGAUGGCCCAGAAGCACUCGCCUGUGCCGGAUGUCUGCAGAAGAUGUCGCCGUUUCCGGAUGAGAUUCUAGCAAACAUUCUUUCUCGAUUGCCUGUUAAGUGUCUGCUCCGUUCAAGGUGUGUAUCUAAAUCCUGGCUUGCCCUAAUCAGUACUUCAUAUUUCGUUAAAUUGCAUCUGAACCGAUCUGUCCAAACCAAGAGCAACCUCGACCUCCUCCUGUGGGACGGCGAUACCUAUAGGGUGGACUUUGAUUCCUUAGACGACACCGUUUUUCAACCUAUUGAUGUUGAUAACCAUCCGUUGAGGUGUUAUAAGAAUUACGAGACCCUUUGGGGCUCCUGUGAUGGUUUGCUUUGCAUGUCGAAUCCCAUUGGAGAUGUCAUUUUAUGGAAUCCUUCAACCAGGAAAUCUAUAAACUUGCCUUACACACCAACUGAAUUUUUCAGUGAGAAGAAAGUCUUAGAAAAUACUCGACGAGAGCGAGUUUAUCAACUUGGUUACGAUAACAUCAAUGGCGAUUACAAGGUGGUGAGACUUGUGGUACUUUAUGGGAGCCAAACUGGAAAUUCAAUAGCCGGGGGAGCUAUGCACUGGAUCUCAGAUGUGAUAUCGGAUUCAAAAAAAGAAAGCUCAAUUGUUGCCUUUGAUCUUGGGACUGAGAAAUAUAGAGUAAUUCCUCCACCACCAGAGUUUUUUGGUCUUGAUUCUUCUUUAUAUUUGGAUAAUUUAGAAGGGUGUCUUUCAUUAAGUUAUCAAUACCAAUCAAUGAGUGUAGAUGUAUUUUUGUUAAAGGAAUAUGGCGGGAAAAGUGAAUAUUGGUCAAAAUUUGUUACAAUAUCACCAACAAUUCCUUUUACAUCCGUUUACACUGUGAAACCUAUUGCCUAUUCAAAAUGUGGUAAGAAAGUACUCUUGGACCUUGAUUUUGAGAUACUUGUUUGGUAUCAUUUAGAGCAUGAUUCACUUGAGGAAAUUUGGGUUGAUGGUAUGAAAAAAUUCCUUGAUGUUCUCACUUGCGUGGAAAGUCUCGUCUCCGUCGAUGUUGCCGCAGAUGUAACCAAUUCCAAUGCUAAGAAAAAACUUCAUAAAAAAGAGGACAAUAACAUAUUUUGGGUUUUGCAGGAACAAUUACUUAUAAAAGGGGUUCAGUUUGGUGCUAUAAUUCCUAUCAGGCUUGUUCGGUAUAAUUUAGAGCAGGAGUCCGUUGAAGAAAUUAUGAUUCAUGGUAUGGAUCUAUUCAUUCAAGUUCUCACCUUCGUGGAAAGUCUGUCUAGCUCCGUCGAUGUUGCAGCAGCUGUAACCAAUGCUAAUGCUAAAAGAAUCUUCAUGAAAAAGAGGAUAAUAAUAUGUGAGUAA